AGACGGAUUCGCGGACGAGCCAGUUGAUAAUAUAAAUAUUAACAUACAAUCAUACCUACCUUAUCUGGUGAUUUCGCACGAGUCGAAAAUAAUCAAUUGGCUUCUUUAAUUGGUGAAAAAUAGACUAUGACAGUGGAAAUAAGGAAGCGGCAAGCUGGACAAGACAGCCAAAAUGGGGAAGGCACUUCUAAAGACGAUGCCCCGGAGAGACCAAAAUAUUGGGACCCGUUGGCGGAUGGCGUCCGAUGGAUUGAAAGCUACGCGGAACCAUUAGAGAAAUUCUUUGAACGUUUACCUGAAUUCAUAAGUACAUUUAUCGCUACAUUGGCAGUUUUUACAUUUGGUGCCACAUUGAGAGGAGAAUGGAUAGUAAUAUUAGUGACUGCGUUGAAGCAGAUCACGGGGCACACGCAGAGUGGGAAGAAUCUGACCACAGAAGAAAUCUACAUGUUGAUGACACCGAAGAAUUUGAAAAUGGAACACUUCAGCGUGAUCUUCAUUUGGGCGCAUGUCGUGUCCCUGAGCAUGUAUUUCUUAAUAGGGGGAUUUUUACAUUGGUACUUCUACAUGAAUAGAAGACAUUUGGCCCACGAAUGGAAACUCCAACCGAACAAGUGGCUUUCGCCCGAACUCGAGCGCCACGAGAUUUUAGUUGGCACUUUCUCCCUCCUGAUCACCGGCAGCUUCUCCGCUCUUUUGGCUACAUACAUUUACAAUGGGAACCCUUCCACUGUCUACUAUCAGUUCGACGAGUACGGCUGGCUGUGGUUCUUCUUGCAAUUCCCCGUGAUUUUUAUAUAUGCGGACUACACAACUUACAUACUCCACCGUCUGUACCACACACCGUGGCUCUACAAGAGAUUCCAUAAGCUUCACCAUAAGUACAAGCAGCCGACCGUUUUCUCCGUUACCGCUAUACACCCUGUGGAGAUCAUGCAUAUUCAGCUUACUAUGUGUCUACCUUUAUUUACAAUUCCCACACAUUGGUUGCCAUUCUACGUCAUUGCUAUUUAUAAUUACUACCAUGGCAUCAUUGAUCACUCCGGUAUUAACUUCAAAUCCUAUUGGUGGCAACCCUGGCAGCCGGACGCUGAGUUCCAUGAUAAACACCAUGAGUUCUUCCAUUGCAACUUUGGCUUUAACAUGAGCCUUUGGGAUAGAUUGCACGGCACGAUGAGAAAGAAGAAUGUUUUAUAUACUGAAGACACGUAUCAUGGAGAAGCGCCAGCAAUCGAUUCAGAGGAAGCCAAGGCUCUCAUAGAAAAAGAUCCAGAGCUCAAAGAAUACUUUGAACAGAAUAAACAGAAGACUGUCAAAUCUAAGACUGAUCUAGAUGCAAAUAAAUAAGCAAAAGUAUACCUUAAGCUGUAUUAUUAAGAUUUACUUUUAAACCGACUUCAAAAAAAGGAAAUUGUUCGUAUGUAUUUCUCUUUUAAUAUUUGUUACCUUUUAACUCCGGUUGUGAAUUGAUUUGGAAAAUUCUUUUACCAGAGGGAGACUUCGUACAAGAGUCGUUUGCUUGGGUACCUCUGUCCCAUUCGUGUUUCAA